AUGUGGGAUCUGUGUCUGCAGAUCUAUGGCAUCAGACCCAGCCCUCAGCUGAGCUCUCUUGAAGAUUAUUGUGUCUUGUCUACAAUAGGAGUGAAAAUUAUAGGAACACCCCAUCCAAGCCUGGCUUCCUCUGAAUCCUUCCUUGCGAUGGAAAAGAUAACCAAAAGCCUGACCCUGCGCUGUGAAUCAGGCAAAUGUCCCAUUGACUUCGGCGUGGGCGUCGCCGCCGGCGCGGAGCUGCAGCCCGAGGUGGUGGUGCCGCGCUGGGCAGCCCUGGACAGCCCUGGCAGACAGAAGCAUCCGUUCAGAGCUGAAGUUAAGGUAAAAGCAGAAGGCCAGGAGCUCAUCUUGGAAUUGGAGAAAAAUGGAAACCUCUUUGCACCAGGCUACACGGAGACUCAUUACAACCAAACUGGACAACCCCAGACCACCUCUCUGACCCACACGGACCACUGCUUUUACCACGGGGUCGUGAGGGGCCGGGAGCACUCCAGCGUCACGCUCAGCGCGUGCAGAGGGCUGCGAGGACUUAUUGUAUUGAGCAGCAAUUCCAGCUAUAUCUUAGAGCCGGUUCCCGACAGCCCAAAUCAGCACUUGAUCUACAGGGUGGAUGACCUGAGGUUGCAGAGAGGAGCCUGUGGCUACCAGGGCACUGGGGACGCAGCCAAAGACUUGCUCAGGGACUUCACAACUGGGAUGAAACUACCUCGCCAGAGGGUGAAACGGGAAACUCUGCAGUCUACAAAGUACGUGGAGCUUCUGCUUGUGGCGGAUUAUGCAGAGUUUCAGAAACAUCACUUCAACAUUGAAGCAACAAGGCUUAAAUUAGUGGAGGCUGCUAAUUACGUCGAUAAGUUUUACAGAUCUCUGAAUAUCCGGAUUGCCUUGGUGGGGCUGGAGAUCUGGAGUAACUGGAAUAAAUGUGAAGUAACUGAGAACCCCUACUCCACCCUGAAGUCCUUUUUGGCUUGGAGUAGCAAGGAGCGGGUGCACAGAAAACACGAUAAUGCCCAGCUAGUCACGGGUGUGCCCUUCCAAGGUACCACAGUAGGCUUGGCUUCCGUGAUGGCCAUGUGCUCUGAUUUCCAGUCAGGAGGAGUAAACAUGGAUCACUCUGAUAAUGCCAUUGGUGUUGCUGCUACCAUUGCCCAUGAGAUGGGACACAAUUUUGGCAUGAAUCAUGAUUCAGCUGGCUGCUGUACUACCCCUGCAGAAGAUGGAGGCUGCAUCAUGGCUUCUGCAACCGGGCACCCGUUCCCCAAGGUGUUCAACGAGUGCAAUAGAAAAGAGCUGGAGAAGUAUCUGCAGUCUGGUGGAGGGAUGUGUCUCUCCAAUAUGCCGGAUACCAGAAAAAUGUAUGGUGGGAAGAAAUGUGGAAAUGGCUACUUGGAAGAGGGGGAGGAGUGUGACUGUGGAGAGGUGGAGCACGUGCUGGGUAUCAUGAACGUAUGGCGGAAGGAAGGCUGUUCCUCUGUUCACCUGCAUAACCCCUGCUGCAAUGCCAGCACCUGCUCCCUGAAGCUGGGUGCCGAAUGUGCCCACGGCAGCUGCUGUCAUCAGUGCAAGCUCAUGUCUCCGGGAACUCCCUGCAGGGAAAGAUCAGGACUCUGUGACCUCCCAGAAUACUGCACUGGCGAGUCACCGUUUUGCCCCCCCAACUCUUACCAAAUCGAUGGGGCUUCCUGCGACGGAGGAAAGGCCUAUUGCUACAGCGGCAUGUGUCUCACAUACAAAGACCAGUGCUUGCAGCUAUGGGGGCCUGGAGCAAGGCCAGCACCAGAUGCCUGCUUCGAGAAGGUUAAUGCUGCUGGAGACAUCUACGGGAACUGUGGGAAGGACAUCUACGGCAACUACAGGAAGUGUGAGAUGAGAGAUGCUAAAUGUGGGAAGAUCCAGUGCCAGAGCUCUGCUUCCAAACCCUUGCAGUCCAACGCAGUGGCCAUAGACACAACUAUCCACACACAGAGGACACAGCUGAGGUGCCGAGGGACCCAUGUGUACAGAUCUGAGAGUGAAGAAAAGGAGAUGCUGGAUCCUGGAUUGGUGUUGACGGGAACAAAAUGUGGGAGCCAUCAUGUUUGCUUUGAGGGACGCUGCCAGAACACAUCCAUCAUCUUUGAUUCUGAAAGCUGUAGCAAGAAGUGCCACGGGCAUGGAGUCUGCAAUAACAACAAGAACUGCCACUGCAACCAGGGAUGGGCCCCUCCAUUUUGCAACAAGCAGGGAAGGGGAGGAAGCUUGGAUAGUGGUCCCCCCAUGCCCGAAGGCCCGUCAGUGGUUGUGAUAACUCUGGCAAUCCUGGCUCCCAUUCUCCUCCUCAUUGGAAUCAUGUUUUUAUUCUAUUAUCUGAAAUGCUGGAAUAAAUUUGGCAUCUGUUCUCUAAAGAAGACCCCUCAGUUCAGCGACAGCUCUGGAAAUGGGCACGCAAACCCUGCCUUCAAGUUGAAAACUCCUCAGGAGCAGAGGAAGGUGAUUGGCUUCCCGGAAAUCCCAGCAAAACCUCCUCCCCAGCAAACUCCAGCCCUCCAAAUGAACACGCAGCACCCACCUGCCUUCUCCACGGGCUACGGCUGCGGCACGGGGCAGCCCGCCAGGCUGGCACAGCCCGCACCCGCAAAAGAUGCUGCCCGGUGGAUACCCCCAAGCAGGCCAGUGCCUCCGGCUCCCAGACCCCCUGUCUCUCAGGAUAUUUCCAGGCCCCGGCCACCCCAAAGAGCUUUGCCAGCUAAUCCCGUCCCAGCCAGACCCAGAGCCCGGCCAGGGAACAGCCCUGCCAUCCCACUGCCUCCUGCGCACCUCAGAACCCCGGGACGACUCCAGCCUGAGACAGAGAAUACUGCUGUUGGGACGGCUGGAGCAGUGAAUGUCUUGAAAGUGGGGCAGCCGGGCUUCCGUGGGCACUCAUGA